CGCCUCCCAGCCCCGCCUCCUCUUGCUACUGCCGCCGCCGCCGCUCGCCUGACGGCUGCAAAAGGCCUUUUCCUCGCUUUUUAUUUACAGCAGCCGCAAGUGAGGUCAAACUGCAGUAACGUCUUGACCCUGCUGUGUGAUUACUGGGCCGUUCCUCUGCCUGGCCCAAUGCUAGAUCUGGAGGUGGUUCCCGAGCGAUCUCUUGGGAAUGAACAAUGGGAAUUUACCUUGGGAAUGCCAUUGGCUCAGGCUGUAGCAAUUCUUCAGAAAUACUGUCGUAUCAUCAAAAAUGUCCAGGUUCUCUACAGUGAACAGUCUCCUCUUAGCCAUGACCUCAUCCUUAACCUGACUCAGGACGGAAUCAAACUGCUGUUUGAUGCUUUCAAUCAAAGACUCAAGGUGAUUGAAGUUUAUGACUUGACUAAAGUGAAGUUAAAAUAUUGUGGUGUCCAUUUUAACUCUCAGGCUAUUGCUCCAACCAUAGAACAAAUUGAUCAGUCCUUUGGAGCAACACAUCCAGGAGUGUACAACUCAGCUGAGCAACUUUUCCACCUCAACUUCAGAGGACUCUCGUUUUCUUUUCAAUUGGACUCAUGGACUGAAACUCCCAAGUAUGAGCCAAACUUUGCCCAUGGCCUGGCUUCUCUGCAGAUCCCUCAUGGUGCAACUGUGAAGCGCAUGUAUAUCUACAGUGGAAACAGUCUGCAGGAUACCAAGGCUCCUCUGAUGCCCCUCAGCUGUUUCCUUGGAAAUGUGUAUGCAGAGAAUGUUGACGUGUUGAGAGAUGGUACUGGGCCCUCAGGUUUACGGCUUCGCUUGCUCACUGCAGGUUGUGGCCCUGGAGUAUUAGCGGAUGCCAAGAUGCGGGUAUUUGAGCGCUGUGUGUAUUUUGGUGAUUCGUGCCAAGAUGUUCUGAGCACUUUAGGGUCUCCUCACAAAGUUUUCUACAAGUCUGAAGAUAAGAUGAAAAUCCAUUCGCCCUCCCCUCACAAGCAGGUUCCUUCAAAGUGCAACGACUACUUCUUCAACUACUUCACACUUGGAGUGGAUAUCCUUUUUGAUGCAAAUACUCACAAAGUGAAGAAAUUUGUUCUGCACACAAAUUACCCUGGCCAUUACAACUUCAACAUUUACCACCGUUGUGAAUUCAAGAUUCCACUAGCUGUUAAACGAGAUAGCACCGAUUCACAGACAGAAACCUGCACGACCUAUAGCAAGUGGGACAAUAUCCAGGACCUUCUUGGACACCCAGUCGAAAAACCAGUGGUACUUCACAGGUCGUCCUCCCCAAACAACACAAACCCAUUCGGAUCAACAUUUUGCUUUGGACUGCAGCGGAUGAUCUUUGAGGUGAUGCAGAAUAAUCACAUAGCAUCGGUUACUCUGUAUGGCCCCGCAAGACCCAGCAGCCAGCUGAGAACUUCUGAUCUUCCCCAGUGAGCGAUAUCCGCUAAUCGAAAUGCUACAAAAUUAGUACAGUGUGCCUUGAUUCGCUGCCACUUAUAAUAUGGAAAAGCACGAUAAGAUGGAUAACUUUGGGGGGGAGGGGGGCGUGUUCAAAAACUCUCUUGCCACCUGCACAUGGGGCAGGCUGGAGAAACCUCUUGACUGUCCAUCACAGAGCAUGGAGUUUGUGGUGGAGGUGAGCUGUUAAGUGCCCGUCGCUGUUGGUCUUUCUCCUCGCUGGUUGCCCUAGACCUUUUCAGUGUGGAUUUAGACUUAUUGGUCUGGCUUUUUGGAGCUGGAAGAAGGCUGAGCUGAAGAAGAGAGGACACACAAAGGUCUGCACAACGUCUAAGCACAAACUCUCUGAGCCGUGGAGCAUCUGGAAGCAGGUCAUAGAUGGAUAUAUAAUUUUUUUUUGUCUGUGUUUGUGUUAAUUGUAUUGAUACAGUGGUCGUGUUUUUUAAAAGAUGACAAAGUGGGGUGUGUGUGUGUGUGUAUACACGCACAGAGCGCGUGUGUGGUGCGCGCAUGUGUAUAAAAAUAAAGUACAUGGGUAUUUCUGUGGCUUAGAACCUCGUACCAUAUGUGACAAGUAUGUAUAUACAUGUCCAUGAUUUCAGACACCACAUGUUUGUCUAACAUUGAAAACAGCGCAAAACGGCAUAAGACUUGGUUGUAACAUUUUUGCACUACAUACACUUUAAUUACUUGAGAAGACAUUUUAAUCUUCAUUGAGGAGCAUCUGUGUAACUGGGUGUGAAUGGGGGUGCGAUGGUUUAUUUAAUUGUUCAACACACAUAAAGCUUAUUUAUACAGUGGGUUGAAAUAAUCCCACCUUUUUCUGCACUAAUAUUUACUUGACAUUCUCAAGCAGCUUAUUUUCUGCCAUGCCUGGUUAACUAAUUUGUGUGUUUGUAUACAGUUUCCAGAAGGAGAAAAAAAGUCAAGUACAUUAUUCCUAUGAGUUCUGUUUUCUUAAGGAUUUUGAUAACAUUUAUUUUCUUUUGUACUUAAGUCAGGAAGAAAAAAAAAAUCAGUCCUCUAAGAGUAAAUGCAGUUGUUGUAUCUUGUAACUCUGUGAAAUGCAUCCAGCUUAGUAUUUCUUAAUUUCUCUUCCAAACCCUGUAGAGAAAGAUAGUUGGAAAUCUAGGUGUAACCACUCGGAACUUCUCCCACUGAAGUCUCACUGAGAUAAAUAGAAGUUGAGCAGCCUUAAUGCAAGGAAGUUUCCCAAAUGGGGCUUCCGUGGAAUAUGCUCCUGGUGGACGGUGCCUGGUAUUGUUUCACACAUAGCACACUGGGGUGGGGGAGAAUUGCCUGGCUUCCCUUCCCUCCCCGCCCCGCACAUAACUUCUGAUCGAUCUCUCUCUUUUUAAAUUUAAUGCCAAAAUGUUAGCCAAAGAGAUCUUUAAUCUAGUUUCCACAUUUCUGUACAUAUAUAGUUAACUGGUACGCUGUGUCCCUCCACUCCAAGCAGUUGAGAUAGCAGCUGCUUCCACUUAAAGAGAUGCUGCUUACCUGUUGUUAUCCCACGUGGGAGAGGAGCGAGGGUACAGCAGCUCCCUUACCAGCCUCAUUGUGGGGGAAGCAGGUAAUCUAUCAGUCAUUGAAAUAUGAAUCCUUUUUAAAACGAUGGAGGCAAAACAAAAGAGAGAGUGAAAUGUAUAGUUUUAUCCCAUUUUUAAUAUUUUGGUGUAGCAACUUGUGAUAUAUAUUAGACAAUUUUUGUGAGUUUUACAGAUGUGUGUACAGAUUUUGUAAAUAUGAAACCAUUUUUGUAAUUUUAACUCCAUGUACAGUUUAAUCCUGUAUAGUUUAUCAACGAAUGAGGGAUAGGGAAUUCUAGAGUGUUAACUAAAGUUUUAAAUCCUGGACCAGUAGCAGGGAUAUAUGCGCGCGUGUGUGUGUGUGUUCUCCUUUUGCCAGUUAGUCUUCCUGUAUACUGUGACAUUCUACACUGUUUUACUUAAAAAGAAAUAAAUGAAGCCCCACUGAGAAAUGAAUGGAUAAAGGGAAAAAAGGUUGUAUGUGGCUUACCUUUAUUAUUUGUAGAUAUUACUUCUCUUCUUCAUAAUGUGUUGUUUUUCCUAUUAUCAUUGCUUGCUGAGAAAACCCCCCAAUUCUCUUUCCUUUGUAACAUGACUUCUGUGUCCCCCCCACCCAUAGCCCUUCUGUAAAUUGUAUGAAAUAUAUAACUAGCAUGAAAGGACAAAUAAAAUGACUCGGUUACUGUGUUUGUUUAAAUACAGUUGCUGGGUGUGUGUAUUUUGCAAUUAA